AUGGAUCAACAACAUCAACAACACGCGUCUGAUACGCAAUCAGAAACAAAUAUCCAACAACCAAUAGAGAAUCAGAUCAUCGAGUACUUAAGAACGUUGGAUGAUAAUCACGACACUCAUGAUCAGCAAUGGAUCAAAUCACUUCUUGAAGACAUAGAAUCCCCUGGUCAACAAGAAGAACAUCAUGUUGAAGAUCACACACAUCCUCCACAAGAACACAUGGAACCCAACAACACUGCGGCUAUAACAACACAAAGUGAAGCCUCACAAAUGGAAGAAGACCCCAAGGACGAGCCCACAUUAACAAAAGAAGAAGUCCCUAGCCACUAG